AUGGCGCAUAUCGGGUUCGUCAGCACGUCAGUGUUAGAGUCAAAGGAUGGGAUCGACUUCAACGAGGAGGUUCGAAAAGAGUCCGAGGAUGUCCGGGAGGCGGAGCGCAUCGCCAAGGAGGCCGACAAGAAGCCGCUGUGGGAGCAGCUGGCGGGCAAGCGGGACGAGAAGCAGGCCAAGUUCGACGCCGUCCGGGCGUCCAUGUUCGCGCCCCCUCGAGCCCUUGAUGACGAGGAGUCCAACUUCUUGCAGGGGGUAGAGGCGCAGCGGCUCGAAGCUAAAGAGCGAAAGAAGAAGUGGGAAACGGAGGAGCUGAGGGGUUUCGCUCUGGCGAGGGCGAACCAAACGGUUGCGAUCGCGGAACCGAAGAAGCCCAAGGCGAAGCCUCCGGCGGACGGUGGGCGGGGGAACCAGGAUCAGCAGGACGGUCGGGCCGGCGCACCCCCACCGGUAGUGGCCGUCAAGAUCAAGACCAAGCGAAAAAAAGACAAAGACAAGAGCAAGGACGACAAGCGGGCGAAGAAGAGAGCAGGGGCGGCGGCAGCGGCUGUUGGUGCUGUUGGCGGCGCGUCUUCCGGUGCAAGUAGAGAAGGCGUGGCCGGGGGUGCUGAUGGCAAAAGCGAGGGUUCUGCAGCAACGGGAAAGGGGAAGGGUGCGGCGGCGGCGGCGGCGACGGGCGAUGACAAGGAGGGGGGGAAAGAGGACGGGGGGGAAGGCCUCUCAUCGUUGCUGGGCGCUUACCAGAGCGAUAGUAGUGACGAUGAUGGCGAUGCCGAAAUCCGCGGCGGGGGGCCGAGAGGCAACCAACCCCACAGCCGCCGCUUCUGGAGAGAGCAAGUCGCACGGACAGAGACGAAGCGACACGGCAGGAGCAGCAUGGCGGCAGCGGUCGAGGAAGACUGGGAGAGCGCUGUUGGCGCCUUAUCCCUCCAGGAUAAGGUCGCGAGCGAGGCUCCCGCCGCCGCGGGCAAGGCCGGGAGCGCGGAGGGCGGCCCCUCUUCUCCCGCUGCGCCCGAUGUCUCGUCAUCGAAGAAGUCGACCCCCGCAGCCACAGCUGCUGUCCCCCCCUCGACAUCUCAGCAGGAGGGCGCAACAAGCGCGGGGACUACUGCUACUGCGACGGCCGCGGCGGUUGCUCGUGACGAUGUCGAUUCGGCCCUGAUGGACGCCUUGGGCAAUGCUCGUGACUACGUUCUCAAGCUGGAGGGCGAGCUGGUGGCGUUCGUCACCAACAUGGAGGAGCCCAAGCCUCCGCACCUCGUUCUACCCCCCCGGUCUUCCUACCAGCGCCUCAUCGCCUACCGGCUGGCGGCGAGAUUCAAGCUGCAGAAGGCCAACGCUGCGCAGGAGAGGGAAGCCAUCGUGGCGGCGGGGAUGGACCCGGCAACCACGAUCGGAGUCGCGUCUCCCCCUCCUCCCGCCGCCGGAAACGGAAACGGAAACAGCCAACAGCAGCAGCAGACGCAGAAGGUGACGGCGUUCGUGCGCGUCGCCGACUCGGCGGUGCCGGCGGUCCUGCUGUCGGCGCUGGACGCCGAGGCGAAGCGGAGGGAGGCGGCGGAGGCGGUGGCGACCGCGACGGCGGUGGCAGCGACCGGCAGCAAGGGGGCCCCGAUCAAGCUCAUGCGCCGCAGCCCGGGGGACCCGCGGGCGCCGAACCCCCACCAGGGCCAGGGGAACGGAGGCGUGGAGAAGCAGACUGCGUCCCCGACCAGAGGCAAGGGCAACGGCGUUGCCGGGGAGGGAGCGGCGACGGUGGCGGCGGCUACCGGUUCGAGCACACCGUCUGGGAAGACAAAGGCGGGGGCGGCGGGCAAGAGGACGGACCGCGAGGCGAAGCAGGCCGGAGGGGCGGUGACAUCCCAGGGCCCCGACGGGACGAUGGGCUUCGGCAGUGGACGAGGAAAGCCCGUGCCCGGCGGGGGAGGCGGCGGCAAAGGCGGCGGUAGGGCUGGGGGGCUACAGCAGCAGGGCUCUGACGGCCCCGAUCGAGGAGACUACGGCCGCGGCGGCGGCAGGGGCGGCGGUGGGCCGGGAGGGAGAAUGGGGGGUGCGGGAGGAGGGGGGGGCAGGGGCAGCAGAAGACCCGCCGUUAACGCGGGGGAGUGGAAGGGGCAGAGAGGCAUGCAGCGCAACCGCAUGGCGGAGAAGUCGGAUCCAGACUUCGUCCGCAACUACGACAACUACCGCCCGAGCUUCGCGCCGUACCGGCAGCUGGCGGACCCCGGGGGAAGGGGGGGCAGGGGAGGAGGGAGGGACGGGCCUGGGGGGCAGCAGCCGCAGCCUUCGCCGCGAUUGCUCCAGCAGCACCCGCAGCAGCAGCAGCAGCACGCGAUGAUGAGCGCCGCGGUGCAGCACGCCCACGGGCAGGCCGCGCACGCCAUGAUGGCGAUUCCGGCCGGUAUGCAAGGGCACCAGCUUCGCGGACAGAUGCCUGGACAGACGCCGCAAGUGUCGACGAGCCUGGCCAUGACCAGCGGGUACAUGACGGCGCAGGACUUCUACGGGGCGCAGCAGCCGCAGCAGGCAAUGGCGGAGGAGGCGGAGGGGGGCGAGGGGCAGGCCGAGGCAGGGGCGGCGCUAGCGGGGGGCGGGGGGGCGCUAACCGCGGCUACCAGAGUGAUUUCCCGCCGCUAA